AUUUACUAUUUUCACAUAAAAAUGGGAUCAAACUGAAGCUCUAUUCUAAGCAGUUGUGAUAUAUUCGAAAGCAACAAAAGAACCGGCAUACUUAAAAAUGUUGAUGAAGAAAAUUUCUCUACUAGGAGAAGAAACAAGAGAAGAUCAGGCUCAGGGGAUAACUCUUCUGAUGGGAAAGAGAUCACUUUCGAAGUUGAUAACAGAACUUUGAAACGGUCUGAAACAACUGAGAGUCAAAGAAAUGUUUGUGUCCAUAAGGCAAAUCAAAAUAGGAAGAAAUUAAUAAAAUAAGGGCCAAUACAUCGAUAGCAAGAAGCAGAUGAAGCAGCUGCUCAACAGCAUUGAUUCAGAUUACUUAGCAAUAGAAGUUGAAGACAUUCUCAAAGAACUUCCAGAUUACGAUUAUUUUAGAGAAGGAGGGAGCCUUUCCCAAGCUUAUGAGUUUGUAGACCACAGCAUUUUUGGAGAUGGCAGCAAGUACUGAGGCCAGUUCUAUGCUGGAACUAACAUGAAGGAAGGCCUCGGAUACAUCAUCCUGCCAGAGGGGUCACUGAUUCAAGGCGAAUUUUAUAGAGGAGAGCCUGUUUAUGGCAGGUUUAUUCAGCUCACAGGCGAUGUUUAUGAAGGCCAAUUGGAGGAUUACAGUCCAAAUGGUAAAGGCAAGGUCACUAGGGAUGGAGAAGUAAUAUUCAAAGGGAGCUUUAUCGGAGGCGUCUAUCACGAACAAACAAGUCCUGAAAAAGCAACCUCAAAGAAAAGAAAAAGCAAAAAGAGUAGAAAAAGAGAUUAAAUGAAGACAAACUCUCAGAAAGUUGAAUGUCCACCAAUCUAUCUUUUCAAUUGAA